AUGGCGGCUCUUAGACCUCUGAUAAACCCCAGAAUUGUCAAGAAGCGAACAAAGAAGUUCAUAAGCCACCAGUCAGACCGUUAUGUUAAGAUUAAGCCCAACUGGCGCAAGCUUAGAGAUAUUGGGCCGGAUUCAAAGCCUGCUGAAGGUUCAAAGAUCCUGAUUCCCAACAUUGGUUACAGUAGCAACAAGAAAACCAAACACAUCCUGCCCACCGGCUUUAAGAAGUUCCUUGUACACGACAUAAAGGAACUCGAAGUUCUAAUGAUGAGCAACAAGUCAUUCUGCGCUGAAAUUGCUCAUAACGUCUCCUCUAAGAACCGCAAGACUAUUGUGGAAAGAGCAGCACAGCUCGCCAUCAAAGUGACAAACCUCAACGCCAGACUGCGCAGUGAGGAGAAUGACUCAACCUGUUUAACUUUGUUCAAUGAAAGAAAAAAAAAACUACACUGA